UGCUGAAACAAGAUGGAGUGGUUGUUGGCUAGUGCUGUGGCUCUCGUUUUCUCUUGCUUUUUUGAGGUAUCUUUAGGUGAAGAGACCAUGAAAGGUUUGUCUGAAUGUCUUUUACUUACAAAUGUACUCCAAUUAUUUCUGAAGUUCCUGCAAGUUUCCAGCUUUUAACAGCUGGAAACGGCGCGACGAGUUGCACAAUUACCAGUGUUAGCUGUUUGGUUAGUUAGCGGAAAGUAGGAGACAGAAACAUUUUGUUAAGUUCUGAAAGUUCAUUUCUUUUCAAGAAUAAAUAAUACUCUUUUAACCGGGUCUAUGUUUCUCUCUAAUUAAUCCAGACAAAUUUUCCUGUGAAAAAUAACUUCUCAAAAAAUGUUCAUCUGGAGACAUCUGAAAACGCCUACCCUGCAACUGAGCGUUUCGAAAAUGCUGACUAAUUACACAAUGUUUAUUCUGGGGUAACUUUUUUGCAUCCACCCACCCCUGCUUAGUUCAAGGUUUAGCAAUAAUAACGCAAACAUGGAUGCAAGUGUACUUUAUAAGGAAGAGCGAGCGAGUAAGAAUUCUUUUGAACACAAAGUUUGUCUUUACUUUGAUGCAAAUUUUCCUUUGGGUUGAAAAUUUUCGAAUUUUGUAUUUCAUUGUCUCUAAUUAUUUUUAGAGAUCUGAGACCAAGUAAGACCUGUAAGAUCAAAAUUAAUCUGGUUUUGAAAUUUGAACAAUAUGGGAAAAAAUUGAGACAUAAUUAUAUGUUUAUUUCUCAAAAUAUGCUAAACCUCAAAAGGUUUUAGUGUUGUCUAAUGAGUGUUUUAUUAAAGUGUAGUCAAAAUUCAUUUUUCUUAUAUUAAUGUUUUUUUAUCACAUCAAGGAGACCCAUUGAUUUCCCAAAGUACUGCUACAAAACUGGUGGCUUUCACAGCAGUCACAGUUUGUCUGGUACUACUUAUUAAAUGGCAUUUUGGUGGAGGAGUGUGCAAGAGUAAGGCAAGAUUAGAUGGUAAGACUGCAUUUUAGUAGAGAUAAUAUAGAUUAGAACAUACACUGUGCUGGUUUACAAUUUACUCACCACUACCAGUUAUAGUAAACUUACCACUUGUGGUAAAGUAAGUUAUUGAUGAUCAUUGUUCAAGGUUCUUUCUCUGGAUUUCACUUUGUUUAUAUGCACUUUUAAUUUUUUCCAUCAUUCAACCCAAAAAAAAAUAAAUAAAAUAAAAGAUGUAAGCUUUUACAUGAUGUAAGUUUAACAUUUAACAGUUAACGUUCCAUACUUGAGACACUGGAUAUGAUAUCUGAGUCAAUUUGCCACUGGUAGCAAAUUUGUCAUAGUGGGGAAUUUGCCAGAUACCACUGUGCUUAGUGUGAGAAAUUUACAUGGCCAACAUGUUUGUGGUGUAGAUGAAAUUUAUACAAGAUCAGACUUAAGCUAAUAGUGGUUACUGAUCCAUGGAACUUGGCAUGUAGAAUCUUAUUAGUUUAUAGCUGUUGUAAAACAGUGAUGUGUGAACAUUCAUUUGCCGUGGUUUUUUGACAGCUUGGGUUCAGCUCAAGUUCAUCCUAUCUCUGUUAUACCCUGAUGAAUAUAAAAUUAAUCUUAAUUUACAUGAUUGGAAGUUCUUUUUUUAUGCUUUACCAUUUUGCUUUUUUUUAGGUAAGACUGUGAUUGUAACAGGGGCAAACACUGGAAUAGGAAAGGAGACUGCUUUGGAUCUAGUUAAGAGGGGUGCUAAGGUCAUUUUGGCUUGCCGAGAUGAACAGAGAGCCACAGAUGCAGCAAAGGACAUUAUUGCGGAGACUGGAAGUGAUAAAGUCCAUGUUAGAAUUGUUGACCUGUCUUCCUUUGAAUCUGUAAGAGCCUUUGCUAAGCUCAUCAAUGAAACAGAAGAAAGAUUGGACAUACUGGUAAACAAUGCAGGACUUGGGGGAAAUUACAGGUUGACUGAGGAUGGAUAUGAAAGUGUAUUCCAAGUAAACUAUCUCAGUCAUUUUCUUCUGACCCUACUUCUGUUGGACAAAAUGAAGAGAUCAGCACCAAGUCGCAUUGUAAAUGUCUCAUCCCUGGCGCAUGAAGGAAGGAAUGCUGAACUCCAACUUGAGGAUUUUAAAUUGUCCAAGGAAAAGUUCAAUGGAUUUCAACGUUAUGCUCAAUCUAAGUUGGCCCAGGUGGUUUUCACAAAUGAAUUGAGUCGAAGACUGGAAGGUGAGUGAAAUGUUCCGGGUUACAGAUCACCAAUCAUACCACAGAAAUAGGUUGUUGUGAUCACAUGUGGGAUUUUAAUAACUUGUUAUCAAACUUUUCCUUUUUCUACAACUUGAAAUUUACUUUGUGGAAAUAUAUUAUAUUUCAAUUAAUGAUAAAAUGUGUCAUCUCAAGAGGUACUGGCAGGUGUUACUGAGAGUAACAAGGAUUUGAUAGGUGUUUAUUAGCUCUGGCAAAUGGGCUCUUUUCAAUUAGUUUUUUGCCUCCCUUUAGGAACUGGAGUGACAGUUUAUGCUCUUCAUCCUGGUGCUGUCACGUCAGACAUUUGGCGAUACUGGAAGGCUUUGAAGAAACCUUAUAUACGACCAUUUGUAAUGCUAUUGAUGUUUCUCUUCUUCAAAGACUGCAAGCAAGGAGCACAGACUAGCAUCUACUGUUCUGUGGCAGAAGAGCUGGAGGGUGUCUCUGGCCUUUACUACAGUGAUUGUAGAGUCAAAAAGGGUAACAAACUGGCUAAAGAUCCUGGUUUGGCCAAGAAGUUGUGGGAUGUUAGUGAGAGAAUCACUGGAGAAAGCUGGAAAGAUUAAACUUUAGUGAAACAUUUUCUUAGUUAACUUAAGUUGUCUUUAUAGCUUUGUGGUAUGAUGUCGGUUAAUUAAAUUUUGUUUAUCAAGACCUUACAUUUAGGUAGAAAAUGUGGCCUGUUUGUCCCACAUUUGCCAUAAUGAAAAUAAUAACAUUUUUUGUACACAUGUUUAUGUUUACUCCUUUUUAAGUCAUAUUCGUGAAAUUUUUUUUCCAAAACUGUCGUGAUAUGAAUGGCAGCAGAGCAACAUGGAACAAGCUGCGAAUUUGUUCCCCAAUGUUGGCCUUAUUCUUACAAAUUAAUGUUUUUCCUUUUCAAUAGUAACGAAAUUUUUCGUUGUAGCUGAACAUAAUUUUGCUAUUAUUUCUACGAGCGACUGAAGCAAUUAAACACAAUUAUACCACGUUUCCAUUGCGACGCUUAGCAAUAUGCUUACCGUUAAUCGUAGUUUACAUAUUCAAUUUCUCUGAAAAAUUCCGACAGGGGAUGGUUUGUUCACUUCAAGAUAUAUGUAUCUGCUACAUCCAAAAACUUCCGAGUUGAGCCAAACUAUGCAAUGGCUGUUGAACCAGGUUACAUCGCAAGACAGAUUUUUAUUUCUCGGGUUGAAGAGUCACCCGUUGUAUUUAUUCAUUCUCGAUCCACGAUUACGAUAACGAACGAUAUGGGCAAAAUUCCGAUCGGUUUAUUUAGUUAGAAAUGAUUGCUUUUAUCUCUAAAUAUUCCGCAGUGGAAAAAAGUAUCGGGCAAAUUCUUAAUCAGGUGAUUUUACGUCGUCUGUUUCAAUUUUGUUUUGCCAACACGAGGCCAAACGUUUUUGGGUUUAGUAUCGACGUUUGUGAAUCACGUGGAUUUUUUUCAGUUAUAAAAAC